CCCUCGAUGAUGCAAGUGAAGAUCCCCCGGGCGUUUGGCAGUGCAAAAAAUCAGAGACCCAGUCAUGCGUUUUAUGUAUGAGAUCAUAGAGUCGGGGUAGUCUUGGUCGAUGUGCACGGGAAUAUUGAAUGGAAAAUGCUUUGAGUAAUGGAUACGAGUUCCAAGGAUGACGCGCUGGAGCAUUAGUGCUGCUGUAAUUGACUCGACGAUGUCCCAAGAACCAGCACACACAGCUGCAUGUGCUCGAGGGCCUGAGGCAGUCUGGAAUGAAGACGAUAUGCAAAUUGCGACCUGGGGCCGGUGAAACGAAGACGAGUAUCACAACGAGGCUCUUCUCUCGUGCUUGGGAGACGGUUGGUGACAUUUCAACAAGGCUUAGUGGCGCCAAGUCUUCUUCUUUGGGCUUAGACCACUCCGCCUGCAUGGGCUGUGCUGUCUUAUGACGGCUCGUUUGCCUCCCUGCCUCGCUUUGUUGCCCAAGGAUUUAUUAUAAAGACAUGACGGCCUUAUUCCCAGCCCGCCGAUACCCCUCUUGCAUCACCUUUAAAUUCACAACAUCAUCGGCUACGAAGGCACCCCAAUAAGCCUUUUGUACACACAUUUUCUUUACAGACAAUUCAUCUCUCGUCUCCUGUCGCCUAAAACAAUCUCAAUCCCUCGUACAACCUAUCACACAUCGCUAUGAAGUUCUCAAGUUUGGCCACUUAUCUAGCCAUCGGCAGCAACUUGGUACACACAGCUUCGAUACCGGAUGCCAAUGCUCUAUCAAUCGCGCAAUCUGAUGCCAUCACCCCACGCUCGGAGAUCCUUUCUCCCAACAAUGCUUUGGAGAAACGCAAGGGUGGCGGUGGUGGUAAGGGAGGCGGUGGUGGAUCAUCAAGCGGAGGCAAAACAUCCGGCAGUUCAAGCGGAGGCUCUUCAUCACGCCCGUCGAGUUCAAACAGUGGCUCAGGUGGAACUCGCGCAGGUGGACUCAAUGGCGGCGUGACCGGAGCAGGCUCUGGACCAGCUCGUUCCUAUGGCAAAGGUCACUAUGGUGGUGGUGCGUCCGUUCCCUUCAAGGCAGGCAGCCCCAAUGGCAAGAGCAGGACUCCCGGUCCUCUCCUCGGUGCCGGCGCAGCUGCAGCCAUCAUGCCGGGGAUAUGGGUAGCUGGCGCAUAUCCCUACGCCUUCAACAAUCACUACCGCUUCCAUAAUUCGACGCGCCGGAACAAUACGAGGAACAGCACAACUUCCCAGAAUAAGGCCAGGUUCCUCACCCGUUUGAUCCUGCGUCAGACUCAACAAGAUGGCCAGGAAGAAGACCUGCCCGUUGUCUGCCUGUGCGCCAACAAUGCCGUCUGCGGAUGCGAAGAGAAUGAGGAGCAGGAAUACUUGAACGAUCUCGUUGGCGAUGGCAGUUACGACAAACUCAACAAGACGCUUGUCACUGUUGGCGACUACGAAAACGAAAAACACUUGAUCAUCAAUGGCACGCUUCCAGAAGGUACGACGGCUCCUGGUGCUGAUGAUUCUGCUGCUGCUGCAUUGAUGCCUUUUGGCCCUUACUCCGGGUACUGGGCCAUGAUCCUCAUUGUAGCAUCCACAGUAUCGCUCAUGUAA